CACCUGUGUAUACCGUACUUGUGAAUUUUUCAAUAUUUAGCGCGUUUCAGAUAACGUCUGAUUGUAUCAUCAAUAUUGUGAUUAUGUCUGUAAAGUGAAUGUUUCAAAAUAAUUUAAUGAUGGAAUGCACUCAGAGACUUGAGUACACGCAAGAUUUAUAUGGGAGUCAAACGGAGAAAAUUCAUAAUGAACAGAUUGGUUUCCUGGGCAUAAACAGCAUGAAAUAUCCUGUAAUGAAAGGUCCUAAUAAAAUAGGAAGGGACCCACAGUCGUGCAGUAUCGUGAUCAGUCAAAAUUGUAUUUCAAGGCACCAUGCUGUGAUAAAUGUAUUAAACCACAACAGUUUCAUGAUCAUGGAUCUGGAUUCCACCUCCAAAACGAAGUUGUAUGGAAAAAAUCUAAAACCAUACAUUCCACAUCCAUUACAAAACGGGGAUAUCCUAGAAUUCGGAAACGUCGUCGGAAUAUUUAGAUUACUGGAAGAAGAAAGCGACUUGCCAAUGACGCAGGCCAUAGAUAUACCCGAAACUCCAGUUCAGACGAAAUUUUUGCCUAGGCCCUACAACACACAUACCGUAAUCCCUGAAUCACCUGACGUUAGUGAUCGAGAUGAUUCCCUCUUAACAGUAUCACAGCCAAAACAUAAACAGCUUAAAAACGAUAGUUUAAACAUACACAUGGCAGCAAUCGGUUUUGAUAAAACUAAAAAUACAAAUUGCAAAUCAGCAAAUAAAUCUAAUUCGAUACGCCUUUCUAUGAAUGAAUCAAGCACUGAUCAACCAACCACGUCUAAUGGCCCUAGUUUUAACAAUAAAAACGAUAUUGAUGUCAUUAACAUACACGAUAUGGAAACACAGCCAACUUUUGCUAAGCCGAAUGAAGGGACCGAUAUAUUUACGGCAGACACAGAACAGAUAAAUAAAGAAAACUACGACCCAGACUCUAUACACAGUAUGAAUACUCAACUACCGUCGAAUCUAGAACGGCUACCGGCGUCAGCUCAGGUGUCGAAGAAUUUAAACCAAAACGGUGUGCAACUUAAUUUGUAUGCGACCAACGAAGUAACUGACGACAGUAUAUUUGAUGCUGCCACACAACUUAUUACAACGGAAAUCGACCAAGAAUCCCCAAUAAAAAGAAAAGAAAAUUCCGAAGAAACCAACAAUAAUAAAGCCGCCGAUGAUUCGGUAAAGUCAAACGUAACUCUAGAAUUUGAAGAAAUAGACAGUGAAUUGUUAGAAGAGUCUUUCGAGUCCCAAUCACUUAUAGCCAACGAGAAAAUGAACAGUGUCUCACAACAAAAAGCACCGUGUUCUAGUGUGAGUAGAAAGAUGCGAAUAUUAUCAUACACUGAAAAAUUAAGCCAAUCGAAGAUCCCGGAGAAAAAUGAAGAUGAUGAUUCUACAGAUUGCGAGGAUAAUAACUGUAUUGAAUUUAAACAAUGCAGAUCGAAAUCACCAAUCAUAAAUAGCCCUACUACUGAAAAGGGAAAUAAAGCAACGGCACAUGUUCGAAGUAAAUUAAAUAGUAUCAACAAAGUGUGUUUCGAGGAAAUGCUUACCCAAGUCAUAGGAGAAGAAGAUGAAGUUCUAACACAAGUGAUAGAACUAGAAAGCCCAUCGAAAAAAGGUUUAAAUGACGAUAAUAUAGAAGAUGCGCCGACACAAAUAAUCCUUGAGGUCGAACCUAAGGGUGUUGCAGAAGAACCGCUCACUCAGCAGUAUUCUGAAGAAAUUAUUAGUCCCUUUAAAGUUCCAUUAAGGUUUAAGACGAAACCGUCGCUUGGUACUCCCAAAUCAAUUACAAUUGACAACAAAGACGAAGUAGAUGAAACCAACGAUAAAUACUACCAAUCAACACAAGAAGUAAUGAGCGACUUAUGCUCACAAACAGACAAUUCUCCGACAAUAAUUAACAUAGAUAAAGAUUUAAUAAACAAUAAACAAAUAAAAAAAUUAGUGCUGGACAAAUCUUCGAGCAGCAGCGAGAGCGAAGAUCGAGUCAACAAAUUCGUGACAAGUCUAACGAAGGAUCAAAUAACGAAUAUGAUCGGUGUAGACACCCAGGACAACUUGAAUAAAUCAACAGAUUCCUCGGACGUGGAUUGCACUCCUAAGAAAGUUAAGCCACUCAACAUCAUGGACGUAGAGCUACCGAACACACAAGAGAUAAAGGAGUGCUUAGGGAAAUGUACGAAUCAAAUUAUCGUCGAGUCUUCAAGCGAUUCCGAAAUCGAAAACUAUGCGGAAGAAUUAUGCGAUCCAUUUUUGUUAUUGAAAAGGAGAAAGAAAGAAACGAGUGCGAAAAUGAACUUAAAUGAUAAGUUCGAAGAUUUGUCGACCAAAACCCGACGAACCCGCAAGCCCACUGCUAAACUACUAGAGUCUUGUGAAAACAAUAAAUCAAGCGACAUCAGUAUAACCGACUCGAAUAAUAGAACAAGAGGGAAUAAUUCAAUUAAAAAACCUAAACAAGAAAAAUCAAAGAAUAACAAAAGACAAAAUAAGGAAAGUAAAAAGAACACAUCAAGUACAAAAUUAAAAGUAAUUAAAAGUGAUGAUUCAAUGGAAGUUAAAGAACUAACGGAAAGUUCUCCAGGCAGCACCAAUGGGUCACGAGUUAAAAAAGAUAAUAAAAAUAAACAAAAGAAAUUAGAAACAGCCGAAAGAGGUGGAAUAAAGCGCAACACUCGCGCCAAAAGCAAACUCGACACGGAGAACGAAUCCAAUCGAGAACGGACUAAACAAGAAAAUACUAGAAAAAAUGGACGCACCAAGGAGAAACGUGAUGUUUCCGUUGCUUCUAGAACAUCGGAAGUUGAAAGCGAAAACUACGAUGAAAAAAAUUUUGCAGGGAAAACGACAUUGGGGGCGUUUAAAAUCCCCCUUGUACCGGAGCGAGUACGAUCGACCAGAAGCAUGAAGAAGGAUGAAGAUAAAAUUGCUGAAUCUGAGAGCGAAUCGAAAUCGUCGGUCAGCGUGCGGCGCAGCAAGAGGCAGUUGAAGUCGAUACUAAAGAACUCGAGUGAUCAGAGCGUAGUGUACGACGCGCCCUCGUCGCGGCCCGAGAAGAGGCCGGCGCACACUUACAGCAACGCCGCCAGCUCCAAGCGGAGCAGGCCCGACACUGCCUCCCCUGUUCCUCCGAAGCCCACCCUGGCCCUAGCUACCGGUUCCCAGCGCGUGCUGUUCACGGCCUUCGCCAACGAGGAGGUGCAAGCGAAACUGGAGAACUUAGGCGCGUCGAUAGUGUCGGACGUGUACAAGUGCACGGUGGUGCUGACGUUCCAGAUAAAGCGCACGUUCAAGUUGCUGUGCGCGGUGGGGCUGGGCCGGCCCGUGGUGGGGCCCGCCUGGGUGCAGGCCUGCGCAGACGCACGCGCCCUCGUCGAUCCAUGGUUGCACCUGUUGAAAGACGAGACGGCGGAGCGGCGCUUCAGGUUUAGUCUCCACAGGACGCUGACCGGGAAACGGAACUUCUUGAAACGUUACAACGUCUCCUCGACGCCCAGCGUCCUGCCCAGCGCCGCCGAGAUGAAGCUGAUCGUGGAGUGCUCGGGGGGCGCGUGGCGGGAGGGGGGACGGAACUGGGUGUGCGUCACGUCCGCGGCCGACAGACAUCUGUGGCCUGAACUCAGGACUCGAGGAGCGACCUUGGUCUCCACCGAGUUCAUCCUCGAGGGAGUGCUGCGACAGAGCGUUAAUAUAGCUGGAACUUCUAUAACCGUUAACGGUUAGGACUCUGUGUGUGCAACUGUAUAAAGAAAAAAAAGUGCAGGAAACUGUUUGUGCAGAAAUUUGAAAAUCGAAACAAUUAUAAAGCGAAAUCGGUGAUAAAAGACGUUUUAUCUUUAGUAGGUAGGCAGCGGCUUGGCUCUGCCCCUGGCAUUGCUGAAGUCCAUGGGCGACGGUAACCACUCACCAUCAGGUGGGCCGUUGCUCGUCUGCCAACAAGGGCAAUAAAAAAAAUAAAAAAACCAGUGUUGCUGUGAAAUUGAAUUAAGGCUAGAAUUAAGUCGGUUAGUCGGCUAUCGGUAUCGGUAAAUGAAAAACAGUCGGAAAAAGUUUACGCGGUAUUCCAUUAUUUACUCCGAUACUAACGGGUGUGAUAUUCCAAGGUUUUAUUCAGUACAAAGUUUUUGAAGUCGAAGCGACUGCGUCGUCGAUGAGCGAUAAAGUGUAAUUAAUAUUCAAGGAAUUUGAAAUGUAUUGAUUACGUUAUAUCAACAUUUAAGAUAAGAUAAUUUCGGAUAAGAUUAUGUGAUCUACAAAAUACGAUUUUAUAUUAAAAAAACACGCCCGAUUUUAUCAAGGCUAGAAUAUGUAAAAUAGGAUUUAAACUAUUUCCAGGUUUCUUUAUCAAUAGUGAAGCUCUGUAUUUCUAUUUACUUAAAAUUAAAGGCUUCGUCAAACAGAACGCGUACUUAGCGCGCGUCAGAACGCUAUACUGACGGCGCGCUAUGACGCCGAGAUGUGUUGUACUACUAUGGUAGUAUACUGUCAAACAGAGCGCUCUUUCGCGACGUUAGGACGCUUUGAAGUCAGGCGUUGUAAUUUUUAUUUUAGCGUCCGAGUGAAUGUGUAUUAAAAUACUGGAUAAUGCCUGAAAAAUUGAUAGAAAUAAUUAGAAAAUACCCAUGCUUAUACAAUGCCACAUCUGAAUCACUCGACAUCUUAAUACUUUUAAAUUUUCACACUGCUAUCGAAAGGCACUAUGAUUUGGCGUUACGUUGCGUCAAGGAGCGUUGGACUCAUCUAGUCAAUUUGUGUGACAUGAAAAGAGCGCGACGCUAAAACGCAGCUCUAAGUACGCGUUCUGUUUGACGAAGCCUUAAUUGUGUUUUUUCUGUACUAGACCUAGUGCUGAUAUUCGUUCGAAAAUAGAGGUAGUUAGCUUGUUUGAUAUUUUUGUGAUACCGCCACGAAGUGAAGAUAAGCUUAUCUCGUUAAUUACAUCCGCGGAGUGCCUUAUUCGAGAUUAUGGGAAUAUCAGUUUAAUGAAGAAUACAAAUGUUUUGUUGAUAAUGACGUAGUUUUAUUGAAAAUUCCAACAAAAUAUAAUAGUAACAUUUAAUAUUGAAAUAAUAAGUAUCGAAGUAUUGAGGUUGUACUUUAUUUGUUAAUUUUACACACUGAACACCAAAUAUACACAUUGUAUCGUAUUAUUGAAUGUUUAUUUUUAAAUGAAUAAAAACUUAGUUUUUA